CAAUAUUAUCUCACUAUAAGGAUGUUGUGAUAUGUUAGUUUGGAGUGGGGCAAUCUUGCGCAAUUCUAUUACUAGCUGUUGAUAAAAUAGGUAUUUAUGUCGGCCGAACUCGCGGGGGCAAGAAGACGGAUGCACGGGUCUAUUGAAAACAGCGCACGCCACGGAGGAGACGGGAACAGAGAGGAGGGUGCAUAAGCCACACUAAAUACUUUCCCUUUAAACAGGGGACACGGCGGCGGGGGAUAGAUAGAGAGGGGAGAGGAGAAGAGAUGUAAAAAAAAUAAAAGGAAGAAAGACAGCGAGGGUGGGAGGGAGAGAGAAAUAGAAAAAAAAAGAAAGAUGUCGUCCUCUCGUUUGAAAAGCCGAGGCGAAGCUUUCGAUUGCGGCCGAUCGGGGACUCGCUAGUUAGGGACACGAUUUUACGCAACACCGAGGCUUUUGGAAUCCACCACCGCUUUGGCCUCACGGAGCUAUCGAAAUAAAUGACUCUUCGUCCACGUAUUUACAAACAACUGCGGACUUAUUAUUAUUACUUUUUAUAUAUUUUUCGUUAUUUGUAAUAACCAAAUUUUGCAUGGAUUUGAGAAUAGGAUUUCUUCUUAGGCUGUAAUAUAAAUAUACAAUGUAAAUUGCAUUGUAAAUGCAUCAUUAAAAGCAUGCAUCAACCAUUUUGUCGCAUUUUAGUUAUAAUAUCAUGUUGCAUCCUUUCGUCCCACACCAUAUAACAACAUUUUAGUUGAACAUUAUCAUUACUGUCAAAAAAUAUUGUCAUAUAACUGCCAGCCUUUCAAAAUUGAUCAUUCAUCUUCAAUAAUAAUUUAUGCUAUUGAAUGCACCGCGAUUUCAACUUUCACACAGAGAUAUUCACCUUUUGAAUUUUGAAACUGCAGAGAGGAACUAGGUAGGCUGCAGACAUUAUAGCCGGUGGAGUGAUUCAUCAGUUGGCCCCAGCCUAUGGUUGGUUGGCGCCCAAGUCUCAGGUGGAUAUAUAUUUCUAGUUUUGACUCUUGGACUAAAAGUAUCUGACAUCAUCCUGCUUCAAAAUGGAUUCUUCUUGGAGUAAUUUUCUGUUUCAGACUCCGCCCUCACAGACCCAGUCUGAGACAGCCCUCCAAUCAGAGCUGCUUCCGGACAUGACUGGCUCCGCCCAGAACCCCCCUACAGAGCACAUAGUCCCGCCCCCAUCCACAGUGGACACAGCCGCCCUGAAUGAAGAGCCUUUACCUGAGAAGGCCGUCUCCAAGCCUGGCCGGCCCACACACAUCUGCGCCACAUGUAACAAGCAGUUUAAGAACAACUACAACCUCCGGCGCCAUCAGUCGGUGCACACUGGCAUCAAAAUGAAGGACAGAGCAGCCAGAGAGAGGGAGGACGGGAGCAAGGGAGGAGGAGGGGGGCGGCAAACAAUCCCUCUCUCCCUCCUCCACCUCUCUUUGCCCUCUCAUCCUCCUCCCGCAGAAUCCCUCCCCCAACCCUCCCCACUUGGAAACCAGGAGGGCCAACCUGUUGCGGUGGCCAUCGCCCCAGCGACCGUCACCAUGGCUGCGCCCCAGGUGCUCCAAGCUGCAGUUGUGGUUGCCGGGACAAUGGUACAGAACCAGAACCAGGGGCCUCAACCCUACCCCAACCCUAGCCCCAACCAGGUGAGGAAGAACCAUGCAUGUGAGGCCUGUGGGAAGGCCUUCCGAGAUGUGUACCACCUGAACCGCCACCGGCUUUCACACUCGGACGAAAAGCCCUAUCACUGUCCAAUCUGCCAGCAGCGCUUCAAGAGGAAAGACCGCAUGAGCUACCAUGUACGCUCACACCAAGGAGGGGUGGAGAAACCUUACGUCUGCCCCCACUGCGCCAAGGGAUUCUCACGACCCGACCACCUCAACAGUCACGUCAGACAGGUGCACUCCACUGAGAGACCCUUCAAAUGCCCGACCUGCACGUCUGCCUUCGCCACGCGGGACCGUCUCCGUGCCCACCUGAUUCGCCACGAGGAGAAGGUGCCGUGCCACAUUUGUGGCAAGCUUCUCUCUGCCGCCUACAUCACUGAUCAUAUGAGGGUCCACAACCAAUCACAGCACCACGCCUGCCACCUGUGCAACCGCAGCUUCACUACCCUCACCUAUCUGCGUGUCCACGCUCAGAAACACCACGGCCAGGAGUGGAAGGAGAGCGGAGGGACGCGGGGCAUGUUCGGCGGGGCCGGUGCCGGCGGGGUGCUGCUGUGCCAACUGUGUGGGGUGCAGUGCAAGACACCCACCCAGCUCCAGGGCCACAUGGGCACCCACGCCGUCACCCAGGUCCAGGGCGCCCCCAGCCCCAGCAGUAGCCCCGCGGGGACCGGUACCAUGGCUGUGGCCGUGUCUCUGUCAGGCAGCUCAACCGUGGGCCUGCUGGUCACUGACUGCUCCAGCAUCGCCCCCCAGCCUCUCAGCUAGCAGCCAGGCCCAUUGGA